UUUGCCGGCUGAUAGUGCUCCUGUAUGCAACGUUACACUGCUCAUUGCAACGAACAGAAAAAAUUGGAGGGGAUGGUUUUGUUAAAAAUAUUCGUUAUGUUGCUAGCUCUCACCAAUAUCAACAAAGCAUUUCGCCUCCCCAACCAGGACGAAAUAACAAACGCAAUCGGCACUGCAAUGGUACGCCAGGCAGGUGCUGAUCUCACCAGAAAGUUGAUGCAGAAAUUUAGCGGAAACUUUGGGGGAAACUACGCUGCGCCGGCUGCUGGCUCUGGAGGUAAUGGACUGUUGAAUGCAGUACUACAGGGUGUGGCUAACGGCUUAACUGCCUCUUCCAGGGGUUCAUUGGCUGGACUUCCUGGAAGUGGAGGACUUGUGAACACUUUGACGCAAGGAUUUGGUGCUCCUACUCCUGGUGCUCCAGGACUUCUAAACGCUUUGGCGCAAGGACUCGGUGGAAACAGUGUCGCGCCGCCUACUCCUGAUGGUCAAGACAGAAUGGUGCGAAUCCGUCGAGAGCGACCUCCAACAAGAACCAUGGAUGAGAGGUAA